AUGGGUUCCACUGGGCCAUUUUCAUUUCGAAGGCUCACGCUUGCCCAUAUUCAUGACUCCCAGCCCUAUAACAGCGGUCGUCGGAAAUCCAGCUCCGGCGGCGCUGGUAGGCAAUCCAUUUCUUCCACUGUCAAUGUGAUCCACACUGAGCCUGCUGUGCCGUACUACCAUUACCGUAAGCCACCUAGCCGACCUCCGAGCAGGCCUCCGAGCAAGCCACCGAGUAAUCGGAACUCCGCGGCACUCAGUCGCCAUAACACUGUCAGAUCGCAUCAGAUCUUUUUUGAUGAAAAUAUUGGUCGUGUCAAAUGGGAAGAAUAUAACAAAAGGGAAGGCAUCGAAGAAGCCCCUGAGCAGCCAAUCGUUAUAAAGGUGCCAUUAUGGAGGCGAAUUUUGAAGCUACUAAAAAUCCUUCUCCCUCACGUUGGCUUAAAUGUCCUACUAUUAUCCUAUAUUGCUUUGGGAGCAACAAUCUUCAUCUGGCUUGAAGCAGAUAAUGAGUUGGAGGGGAGAAAAGCCAAGGUGAAAAACGUUUACAACAUUUAUUCUCAAAUCAUCAAUGAAACAAUCUCGCUAUCAUCAAAUCGGAGUGAUCCAUCAUGGAUUGAAACCCGAAUUCGACCCUUAUUAGUCUCACUAUCAAAGGCUCAUGAAUAUGAUGAUCGGUUUACGGAUGCCAAACAACUUUGGACUGGAGAAGAGGAAGGAAUGGAGACAAGAUGGACAUUCGCCGCUGCUGUUCUUUACGCUCUUACCGUAAUCACGUCGACCGGAUACGAUCACGUGACACCAUCAACAGAUCCUGGUCGAAUUUUCACCGUUUUCUUUGGCUUGAUCGGCAUCCCGUUGAUGUUCAUAACUGCGGCCGACAUCGGAAAAUUCUUGUCGGAAAUCGUUAUCAGAACAUACGCCAAGCUUCUAGCCAUGUGGAAAAUGAUCGCGAAUCUUGUGGAAUUGGUCAGAACACAUUUGUUUGAUACAGACGUCGAUUCGAUUGAUUCAAUGGAAUUGAAAAAGAACAAGAAAAAAAGUACAAGCAGCAUUGAUGAAGAUGAGUGCGAAGAUGAGGAGGAUCGACUUCAACUCCCUAUAGCAAGUUACUUCACCUUAAUCAUCGGAUAUUGUUGUGUAGGAAGUCUUCUAUUCAACACCUUUGAGAAAGGUCCAGUAUGGUCUUUUAUUCAUGGCGUGUUUUUUUCGUUUAACACAAUAACCACCAUCGGACUUGGUAAUAUUCGGGUUCAGCAACAUUUUUAUCUAGCGCUAGCCGUUUCUUAUGUAAUUAUUGGGCUUGCUGUGAUCACUGCAUCGUUGGAUUUAUGCUCAUCGACUCUUAAACGAACGUUCACUAAACUUCACUACUUUGGACGAAAAAUACGUGGAGCUCGACGAGGAUUUGCUAAUAUGAGUGAUGAUAUACGAGAAGCGAUGCGAAUUAUUGCCGCCUUAAAAAAGACAAGACCCAGCAAAGACCGAAUAACACUGGAAGAUCUAAAACGAUUCCUCGAGGUUCAAGAACAUCUCCUUCGUCAACCUUACGUCCCUUAUAAUGUUCAUUUAAUGCGCUGGAUUGAAGAUAACGUGGGACCGCAAAUGUAUGCUCAAUAUAUGGAUGACAUGUCUGGUGGCAAAACCCCGAUGUCGCCGUCAAGAUUAUCACACAAAAUGUCAUCCAGUGAUCCAAUGCUUUUCUUUUAG